UGUUCUUCCAGUUUCUGGUGCUCUCCCCCUCCCCAUGUGUGUGUUCUUGUUUCGGCACUCGGUGCUGAAAAGGGACGCCAACACUGCCCUAAACGAACAUGCCGAGUCUGAUCAAGCACUGCAACGGAUUCAUACUCUUCCCCAAUCUCUUUUUGCAGAUUUAUGAACUGGAGCAGAUGUUUGUCAGCAACGUGGAGAAACAGAAGAUAUUGCUGACGAUCGAUCCCCUUGCCUGGACGGAGACCUUUCAGACCGGGAAGGGCCGCGAGGAAGUUCUUGAAAUACACGAUUUUAAGAAUGGAAUAACUGGUCUCUUUUUCAUGGGCGAUCCCAAAUGCUUUCUCCAAAAUCAGAUUAAAGGGAUACCAGAAGCAUCGCAGAUGGAGACGGAGGCGCCGGAGGCAGAGGAAAUAGCCGUCACCUAUUUUGAGCAAUCGGUGCUCUGGGUUCCAGGAGAGAAACCAAUCGAAAAUAAAGAUUUCCUGAAGGAAUCCAAGAUGUUUGACCUCUGCAAAAACGUUAGUGCGUAUUGGAUCCAUCCUACCCCACUAAGAGAUCCCAACCUUCUAGACUUUGAAAAUGGAAAUGAGGGUCCGGUUCCCAUGGAUGAGCGAAACCAAGCAGAGGUUCAGCAGGGACGCCGGUCCUUGAGCCAGGAAGGAAGCCAAGGCCCCAAACGCCACGCUCGGCAGCUGACCGAAGAAGACUUACCGGUCAAUGACUACACCGAGCACGGCUUCGAGUUCCCUGACCAUUGGGACGAGAGGGGAUACUGCUGCGCCCGCUGCCGUCGAGCCCACCGCUACUGCCGCAGAAUAUGUGAGCCGCUGCUAGGGUACUACCCGUACCCCUACUGCUAUCAGGGCGGGCGAGUGAUCUGUCGUACCAUCAUGCCCUGCAAUUGGUGGAUAGCGCGGAUGUUAGGGCGGGUGUGAGCACACUCCGUCCAAAAGUAAUAAUAAUAAAAAUAAGCUUAGUGCAGCGCCAGCCCCAUUCUGGCCGUCUCCCUGUAGACUUUUCUAGGAGUGUCAUUAGCAUGAAUGUAUGCGCGCAUUCCUGCUAGAGCCGCUUGGGUGGCCCCAGAUGCCAUUAUCGCCUGAUCCUUCUCUCUGCCCUUUCCUUCCCCCACGCCCCCAAACUGUAUCCUUUAUGCAAGCCAUUUCUCUGGAUCGUAUUUUUUUUCCUAUGCUUUUGCGCCCCUCGGAUAUAUUAUUCGGCGUAAAGUUUUCUGCAACGCAUUCAAGUUGACGACUGUGGUUGUUUUCUUAAGCAGCAAAAAAAAAAGUGGAGGUUUUUGGAAUUAGCUAUUUUAAACGGGUUUGCAAACUGCAAAUCAGAUCGGUUCCCUAUAGAAAGGGAAAUGAAAGGCCAUUUGAGGGGCGGGGGUGUCUGCUGGUAUUGCCAAACUGGAACCAAAUGUUGCAUGCAUUCCAUAAUUGAAAGCAAGGAAUCUCUUUACACCAGCAUUCCCCUAAAAAUCCGCAAGAGGGCAUCCUUUACCUGGAAAUAAACAGCAUUAGCUCAGGGUCAGGAAAAGCUAGGAGCGCAUUUUGCAAACUGUGUUUUCGCAGCUUCAGCGGGAAUCCUUAUUUUUUCACACUCACCCCCCCAAAAACUGUGUAAAAAAAUGCAAAUUAAUUUCAGGAACUUAGGGUGUAUGUCCAAAAAUAUAUUCAGGUAAUCCUCGUUUAGUGCCCUUAACUGAGACCGGCAGUUCAGUCAGUAAGCCAAGAGGUGGCUAGUUAAAAACCACAACUGUGCUUAAGAUCUUCCUUCAACAAUAAAGUUUCCAGUUUCUGGCAAAAAAAUUUCCCUUCAGCAAACAAUGGACACUUAACAACCACGGUGUUUGCUUUGUGACCAUAGUGUUCUCUUCAGUGCUGCAAAACAGAUCAUAAAAUCAGGUAUGGGGACUCUCUUUGCAACCGUCACAACUGACAACCAAAAAUUACAGGUUCAAUUACGGUUGUAAGUUGAGGAUUUACCUGCCACAUCUUAAUUUGCAGGAAGAUUAGAAACGAGCAUGUGUAUAUUUCCAACAUUAACAAAAAGAGCAAUUUAUCCCCAGAGACACAUCACACGCUAACGACCAGAGGAAUCCAAAUAUUUGCUGAAUUGCGACUGUUCGCAAGAAAUCAAGACGACCAAGCGAUGUAUUUAAAGAGCUUUCAGAAUAAAAAAAGUGUAUAAAGGUUUAUUAUGCGUCCGGGAAGAUUCCUCUAUCGAAUACAAACAAAAGAAAAAAAGAAAUAUUCAAAGCAUCACAUAAUACUGAUGAUGAAACCAUACUCAAAACAGAUGCAGAGUGACAGCUAAGAUCAAGGACUCUCCCGACGAGUCUUAAAAAUAAACACACACAGACACACAAAGAUCACAACAACUCAGUUUCAAAGGCAUCACUGAAAUAUGAAUUUGUUUUCAGAGUAGAAAUUGUUCCCCAGAUGUGGGACGGGGAACCAAAGGAAACCUCUCCUUUCCAAAGAAUGCCAGGGGUUUUCAGAAUGCAAGGAAUUAGCACCAAAUACCGCUCAGGUUUUUUUUUUGGGGGGGGGAAGGGCAUAGGACGGCAGAGGAAAUUGGAAAGGAGGCCAAGAGGAGAUUUUUUUUUCCCAGACCACAAUUCAACGUAGAUUCAAGCCAGGUGUCAUCUGUUGAAGUAGCUUAUUUAUGUACAGUGGUAGUUGAAACUUAUUUAACUGCAGCGGUACACCUCGGUACUUGACUGCACCAAAACCUGGGGACUUGACGCAUUUUGACAUGAAAAUGUGCCUCGUUACUCAUGGGUUGUUCCUUGACAGGCUGCGAUAAGAAGAGGGCAGGGGUGAAAUGCUACCAGUUUGGGCGGACCAGUAGUUCUGACGAUCAGCUAUACAACAAUCAGCUGUGCUGUGGAAAUCACAUGGCGCAGCUGAUUGUGGCACAGCUGAUCGUUGGAACUUUUUGAAAAGCUUUUUAAAGCAUUUUUUCACUACUGGUUCUCCCGAAGCGAACCAGUAGCAGACUUCAGAGCAUUUUAUCCCGGAAGAGGGAGACAACCAUAGAAGAAGGACAGGAAGCCAGCCAGUCUGGGAAGGUUCCUGACAUAGGAAAAGGGCAGUGGUGGGUUGCAGGCGGUACGCCCCGGUACGGGCAUACCGGAGCCUGCCCGGAGCACCAGGUAUCAUUCUGGUAGGGUGCUCCGGAGGGCCCACCUACCCUCCCUCGCUCACCUGUCUUUAAAGUCUUCUGGGCUUCCGCGCACAGUGUGUAUAGCGCCUGCACAACACUCCGCUGAGCAGCUGGAGCAUCGGGGAGGCAUCGCUGGAUAGUAAGAUGCAUACACGCGCUGCGCACAUUCAUGUGGACAGCGACGGGCCCGUUCGAACCGUACCGGUUAGAACGGGAUCCAGAACCCACCCACUGAAAAAAGGGGACAGCAGCUGAGAGCAGACAGGAAAUCCCUCCCGUCAAAAAAUAAAUAAAAAAAACAUGUGGUAGAUCACAUGUUUUGUUUGCUAUUCGUUUUCAGUACUCGUUUCCAGAACUAAAUAACGAGUAGCGAGAUAGCACUGCGCAGCCAUCAGGGGUGCCUUUCAGAAGAAAGCAUGGGUAGCCCUCGGCCUAUGACCGCAAUGGAGCCAAGCUUUCUGUUGCUAAGCGAGGCUUUCUGUCGUUAAGUGAGUUUCACCCCAUUUUGGUCAAUUGAAUUUUGACCGUGUGACCCUGGGGAGACUGGAACGGUCGUUGAGUGGGAAAAACGGUCCUAAGCCCCUUUUUCGGUGCCGUUGUAACUUCAAAUGGUUACUAAACAAGAGGCUGUAAGUCAAGGACUACCUAUACACAUCACACCCAAGUCAUAAUAUGUAUAUUUGUUGUUGUUGAAGGUUUUGCAUGAUGGAGGUACUCAAUUGUAAUGCUUUAGUGUUAGGGAAAAAUCAAAACCAUUAUCGCUUGACAAACCGUGGUCCAAACUCCUGGGUCAAUAUCACAUACACAGUUAAUCUUCUUCAUAUAUAUAGUACAGUACAGUAGAAGCCAUUUAAAGGCACAACAGUCUGCAUCUUGACAGAACACACACCCUGAGCAGUGUUA